UUUGUCUUUCAGAACCAACACAUAAUCAGCCAAACCGAACCAAGAGGAAGCAGAAUAUUUGAGAAGGCUCCCUGCAUCUCAUGAAUGAACUAACGGAACUCGAUAAUGCUGGUUCUGCAGAGCCAGUUCUACGGCUCAGAAAAGGACACAUGUCCAACACUGCAACAACACAGGCAGCCUUGGAAGAGGACAGCUCUGAGCAGAGGCUUCUUCUAGUGAAGCCACCUCUGUCUUCUGACCAGGAAAAUUGUUCUGAGGAAUAUCAACACAAUGAUGAGUCACCUCAAGAAGACGAAGGGUUUAUGGGUAUGUCACCUCUUCUACAAGCCCACCAUGCUAUGGAGAGAAUGGAAGAAUUUGUGUGCAAGGUAUGGGAGGGCCGAUGGAGAGUCAUUCCCCAUGAUGUACUGCCUGACUGGCUAAAGGACAACGACUACCUGUUGCAUGGACACAGACCACCCAUGCCUUCUUUCCGGGCUUGUUUCAAGAGUAUCUUCAGAAUACAUACAGAGACUGGUAACAUCUGGACACAUCUUCUAGGUUGCGUGUUCUUCCUUUGUCUGGGAAUCUUCUACAUGUUCCGGCCAAACAUGUCCUUUGUAGCACCUGUGCAGGAGAAAGUGGUUGUUGGAUUGUUCUUUUUGGGAGCCAUACUUUGCCUCUCCUUCUCAUGGCUCUUUCACACAGUUUAUUGCCACUCAGAAGGUGUUUCCCGGCUCUUCUCCAAGCUGGAUUAUUCUGGCAUUGCACUUCUCAUAAUGGGCAGCUUUGUACCAUGGCUGUACUACUCCUUCUAUUGCAACCCUCAGCCUUGCUUCAUCUACUUGAUUGUGAUCUGUGUCCUGGGCAUUGCAGCCAUAAUUGUCUCACAGUGGGACAUGUUUGCAACCCCUGAAUACCGGGCUGUAAGGGCAGGAGUAUUUCUAGGUCUGGGUCUUAGUGGGGUUAUUCCCACGCUGCACUUUGUCAUCUCUGAGGGGCUCCUGAAAGCAGCCACAAUGGGGCAGAUAGGCUGGCUGGCACUCAUGGCAUGCCUGUACAUCACUGGUGCUGCACUAUAUGCUGCCCGCAUCCCGGAGAGGUUCUUCCCUGGCAAGUGCGACAUCUGGUUUCACUCCCAUCAGCUGUUUCACGUCUUUGUAGUGGCUGGUGCUUUCGUGCACUUCCAUGGGGUUUCCAACCUCCAGGAGUUCCGCUUCAUGGUGGGAGGAGGCUGCACAGAGGAAGAUGGGAUGCAGUAGAACCAGCCUUCAGCCCAAGACCGUAACCAAAAGAGGGCCGCGAGCGCGGCUGGAGCAUACAGGCUAGCAAAACGAAUACCUAAGAAGAAUCCAAGUUUCAGCUGAUAGAGCAUGGAGCUUCACGGGGAUUCUGACUAACCAAGAUAAAUUCUAUACCUCAAGCAAUGGAAUGAAUCAAUUUGAAGACCAGGAAAUUCUGAAACCCUAAUUUAUUCUUGGGAUCUACAGAUUGAGCUACAGAGGACCCUUUCCAAAUCGGCUUCUGUUCAAUGCCAUAUUUAUUUGUAGAACUGGGGAGGGAUAGCUUAGCAGUUUCCUUUUUUUUAAAAAAGAAAAAAAAAAAAAGAGGUUAAAUUUAUAUCCUCUUGGAGGGUUUGGGAGUUGAUUUUAGAUGCUCUUUUGGGAGAAAAAAAAAAUUGUAAAUAAGAUUUCUAACUUUCUGUUUAAAUAAAAUUUAUAUAAAUGUUUUAAACAAAGGGUGGGGGGAAAAGGGUUUUUGUAAAGAAUGCAACAUGCAAGUACCACACACUGUUUCAAUUUUGCACAAAAUAAACAAUUGCAGGAGGACCA